AUGUCUACGCAUUUGCAGGUACUACCAUCGCUACCAAUCUUACGACUUCUUUUUAGAAAGGAAUAGAUCUCGUCCAACAGGCUACGGCCGAGGAUAAGAAUAAAAAUUACGAAGAAGCUCUUCGUCUGUAUCAAAUUGGCGUAGAACAUCUGCUGCAUGCUAUGCGAUGUUAGUCUUUUUGAUCCUCAUUUCUUUGAAGAUGAAGCUCAGGGCGAGAAAUCAAAGGAUGCCGUCCGCAGGAAAGUUGCGCAAUAUCUUGAGCGCGCCGAAAAAAUAAAGGACUAUCUCUCAACUCCCAAAGAGGACGUGCGUACUAUAUAGUCUCUUAAAAAUAGUUAUUUUUCACUCUUCCGACCUUCUAGCAGUACUUCGGGUGCCUACGUCUUUGUUUUCACGUUCUUGUGAGAUAAUUUCGCCGUUUUGGUUGAUGCGACAUCCAUGGACCCUGCACAUGGCUCCCGAUUUUAUUACUGGCGUCCUACACUAGAUAAGAUUGCUGUUUGACGUACCUUAACCUGAAAUCAGCGAUGCUCGUGGUUUUGCGACAGUCGGCCCGACCGACAUUUUCGUCAUCUUUCUUGUUACGUUCCUUCAUGACGUAUUUUGCUGUCUGUAUGCAGAUAAGAAAUUUUUGUCAUGGCACUGUCAUGUGGGCUGGUUUAAGGCCAUAGGCUCUAGAGCAAAUACCUGGGAUAUGGGCAUUGUUUUUACUGUUUUAUCUCUGCAACUAUCCCUUUCGUAUUAUAUUACAAAACCAUCGGACAGGCUUAACUAGUUCUCCAAUUCAUCUUCAGUAUGCGGGUGUGUAAUGACGAGAUCUUUGCUCAGGGUUUGCCGAAUAAAUUGCCGGUCGCUAUGACCUUUUCCACUCCUAUCAAACACGAUUAUUCCGUACGCACAGACCUUUACUAUAGCCGCAUUUCUCAGCCAUCUUGCUACUGUUUUCCCACCCUCAGUGAUCCCCUUAUAGUUUACUGUUUCUCACACUACCAGGGAUCAAUGCAACCCAAUCUCUUCAGUUUGAGUACUGUGAGCUCAAAUAUUCAAAGUUUCCUCAGCUGUGCGCUGCAGAUGAAAGGUCUUUACGCGAUACUGGUCUUACCGUUUAGCCGUUAUCAUGUUGUUUCAGGGCUGAUUUCCUCGACACGAUAGUUACUGUAAUUUAAAAGUAUUCAACUUUAUAGCUGACAGCACUGCGGCAUAUUCGUGUGCUUAUUGACAGUAUGUCAUAUCUAUUUUUGUGCCGUAAACAGAAGACGUCGAACGGUGGUGCCAUUGAGAAGAAACGUACCGGUAACUCGAAGGAUGACAAGGAAGACGAUGGAGAAAAGACCAAACUCCAGAGCCAACUGCAAGGUGCUAUUGUCAUGGAAAAGCCAAACAUACGGUGGGACGAUGUCGCAGGCUUGGAUUUGGCGAAGGAAGCCCUGAAGGAGGCUGUUAUACUACCUAUCAAAUUUCCUCAUCUUUUUACCGGCAAACGCACUCCUUGGAGGGGGAUUCUCCUCUAUGGGGUAGGCCUUUUACUUUCUGUGUCUAUCCUCAAAGUAGCGUAAGUCUUUGGAAGUGCGCUUUUAACUUAUGUCCCCGCAUUUGCGUCCUGCCCAACUUAUUAUUUUGUGAACCACGUAGUCGACGAUCUUUGAUGAUGACAGCUUGCAACGAAUCUUGUGGAAAUUGUUGCUUGAGUCCAUCACUUAUCUCCCCUCAUUUCAACUUUGCUUGUUGUACGAAUGAAUUCUAGAAUAUCAGAGAUCCGACCACACCCAUUAGUUGAUCUGAGCACCUUUUGUGCUCUGAGUGUUUCCACAAGCUGUUCACUGACAGACCAUUUCCUGCUAACUUCAUCCACCUAUCCGUUUGAAACAGAAGGCACAUACCUAGAUAGGUAUCUCCGUAGGGACAUGUACCCAUCAAAUGCGUCGAAAUUCGCUAACUACCCUCACCUAGUUUGAUCUAUCAUUUCGCAACUGUUACUGGGUUGUGGUGGCCAUGCAUGCUUCGUUCACACUUUGGCUGCAGUUGCGAACUUGGUCUUAGUGUAGCCUAUCGAGCCAAACACAACUGCCCUUUGUUAAGACUUUACGUCUGCCAUUCCAUCGUAAAGGCCACUUCCCUAAUCAGUUGCAGCAUGUCUUUCUUGUGCAGCAGUAGCUUCUAACUUAUAAUGACUAAAUGCAUGCAUAUUUAUCAGAUAACUAGUUAAAUUCUGUGUCACCUUGAAGUCACUGACACAGUUGAGCAGUUGACACAGUUUCACCUAGUAUCUUUCAGUGUCUCGAAGGUCCGCCAGAAGUAGUAGAAGCACAAGCCUGUAUGUCCCACUGUGGGUCUUCCAGAUUACGUGUUUCUAAUAGGGAGAUUAUUUAAAUUAGGAAGCCUCGUAUGGCAGGGCGUAUGCGCCCUCCGCCUGCGCCCCUCCCCCGUGAUUAAGCAAACUGGGACCUAUCGGAGCGACUGUCUUCGUAAUCUUUGUUCGAUAGCCAUGAAGACUCAUGCUUUGGCACACCUCGAUGACAAAGUUUCACUCACAUUUGUGUCAAUUUUACGGCUUUCUACAAAAAUAUGUCGGCCCUUCUGUUCACAGCUAAACAAACCCAACAAUUUUUUUAUCCCUUUAGCCUCCGGGUACGGGUAAAUCCUAUCUGGCCAAGGCAGUCGCCACGGAGGCCAACAACUCCACUUUCUUUUCCAUCUCCAGUUCAGAUCUGGUGAGCAAGUGGCUAGGCGAGUCCGAGAAACUGGUCAAGAAUCUUUUCGAGUUGGCUCGCCAAAAUCGUCCCAGCAUUGUCUUUAUCGACGAAGUAGACUCCCUCUGCGGAUCGCGUAACGAGAAUGAAUCGGAGUCCGCACGCCGAAUAAAAACUGAAUUCCUCGUUCAAAUGCAGGUAUUGCAGAGGGCCAGGAUCACUGGCAACACUGGCUUAAAAUAUUUAUUGAUCAUUGAAGCCUUCUUAUGCCCAGGAGUUCUUUUCAGCUAAGACGUUUAGCUAUUAACUCUCUACUCCCACCUGCCGAUCACUUGUACUGGGUCGCCCGUGCCGGUUUUCAGUAUUUCCAUACGACAGCCUACGUGGCAUGAUUGUAUUUUGAUUGUGAUAGCCAGAAGACGGCUUCUCUUAAGGCCGAUAUGGACGCCCACGUUCUCCCAAAGCAAUGCGUAACUUUUACAACUGGUGGUUGUGUAUUUAUCUAUUUCAUCGUCUUCAUAGUUGAUUUUCAUUUUUGCGUGUGCCGUGUUUGUGUGGGUGCGCGCACCCUUCCGGGCUGUAUCCUUUGUCUUCUGCUGUAGCCAUAGACUUUUCCCAUCGGAUUCUAUUAGCUUUUGUUCGCACUUUGACGCGUCGGAAUCCACUAUACUAUCUUAUUUUUCACACAGCCGCAAGUGAAAGACAGGUGCGCUGCCCUAAACGUAGUCCUCAUGUGCAUAGAUGGUUUUAGUAUUCAUGGCACUAUCAAGUUUAUUUUACAUAUCCGAAUUGGUGUGUUUAAAUAGUCUUUCUUACAUAUCUGCCCCGAGCAAGGGUGUAAACAAUGACAAUGAGAACGUGCUCGUCCUCGGCGCUACGAACAUUCCAUGGACCCUAGAUUCGGCCAUUCGUCGACGGUUUGAGAAGCGUAUUUACAUCCCACUUCCUGAGGCUCCAGCCCGCGCACAAAUGUUCAAACUACACCUUGGCACAACACCCCACUCUCUCACAGAGGCCGACUUCCGGGAGCUGGGCAACCGCACACAGGGCUAUUCAGGCGCCGAUAUCUGCAUCGUCGUUCGUGAUGCCUUAAUGGCACCCAUCCGGAAGGUGCAGUCUGCAACUCACUUCAAGAAGGUUGGUCUAUAUAAUGUACUCUUCAUGUCUUUCCGUCUUUGCCCCCUACAAAGGACCACGCGGGAUUUGUGUUGGGCCAACACGCGGGCUAGGUCGGGGUUAGGCACGCGUUCCUGGACCGCGCAUCCACAACAAAUACCGUAUACGGGGGUGUGGUUGUAUGCCUCGGAGCAGGCUUACGCCGCGCCGGAUACCCGCGUCCGAUCCCAUCUCCUUUUUCAAUUCUAUCUUGACACAGGGCCCAGGUGGGUAAGGGGGAGUGUGAUAGACGCUGUGCAAGUCUGCUAUCGCUAAACUAAUUCAUGUGCAAGCCACCGUCCCUGUGCUUACCCUGCUGUUGGGCACACGGUGGACAUCGUCGUCAACGACGGUUGAACUGUCGUGUUUCCGUCCACACGUGUUUUGCACAUCUGACCAGCCAUGUAGGUGGUUGAAUUCUUCCCUAUUCGGUCGUGCUUUAUUGUCGGGCCGAAACUUGGAUAACCUGUGCAACCCUGUUUUCAUGUGUUUAGUCACCGAGCUACGAAAGUAGCUUCUGACUUCGUGGUUUUGACACCAAAAGCAGAAUUUCACUGGAACCAUCGCACACUGCUAGCUAACACGAAAUUGUGCGUUUUCAGACGUAACUGACGUUUUAUAUGAAGUCGAACACCCUUUGUCAGAGGUAGUAAUUGCUUUGCCCCGCGCAGUAUUUAGAGGUAAUUGUGGCCUGUCACGAGGACAGGAUGAAAGAGAGGAACGGAGGGACAGGACCGCUUAGUGUUUUAGCUGCUGGCUACCUAGCGCGUCCACGAUGGGAGGGGAGGGGGGCAAUGAGGUGGUUUUAAUACAAUUCCAACUGCUAACUAGUUAAAGUUUUGUGUUCGGCGACUAAACGGUCCCAGACCCGCAGCCAAAUUACUAACGGGAUCUGGGCGUCGAUAUCUGGCACAUCAGCACUCAUAAAAUGUCACUAUCUGACGACUGAACCGAUAUAUGGCGAUCGUUAACCGCCGUUAAAUAGUUUCUUCACUCGUCUUGCGGUCAGGGCUUAUGGCCCAAAGGGCUUUGGGGAAAGAAUCUCGACUAAACUUACCGGGAGGCAAUUGGGAGGCUCUCAGAAUGCACUUGACUCCAAAAACUGUCACUACGUGUCAUUGGAAUUCGUGCCUCGACGUUGCAGGCGAUUGGCGCACCGUCCGAUCCAGGUUUAUCUUUGCAGGUACUUGGUGAUCAAUCUGAACUGUUUAAUUCAAAACGGAGCCUCAGUGACUAGUGCUAGUAUGAAUGACUGUCCCUUUGGCGCUGAUACCCAAAGUUUGACAAUACUCUGUCUCUCAAGAUUUCUUCGCCGUUAUCUUAUACUCGCUGCUGGCGGCCAAAACAGUCGGAUCGGAACAGGCGGAUCCCAAAAAUAGUCUCGUUACUGUCUACAUUUGUUUCAGUACUCGAUUCAAAACUCUAAAGGGCUGAAUAGCUUUGCCGACCAGAGCUACCCCCUUAUCAACGCAGCUUUCAAUAUUACAUCGAAUCCUCCCUGGUCUGAAAUUUCGGCGAUUUGUCUAAAGCCAGUCAGAUCUAUUGGAUUUUACUCGCUUUAAUGCCGCACAGCCAGGUUUAUUAUAACGGCUGGAUGCGUAUUGUGAGCACCGACAACGCCCCUGGAUCAGAUCGUAUCACUAUCCGCACACGUUUGAAGGCUCGCCGAAAUUUCUCGCGCCAGACCUAAUAUCGUAAGGUUGCGAUUGCUCAAUAUAGUUAGGUCCUUAAGACGCGGAUAAGGUCUUGCCUCAUAGUCAUCUACCAGUCACACUGACAUAAGCUGGCCAGUCCGCUAGGCAGCGGAAGAAGUUUUUGUCUUCAUCCAGCUGUGUCGCAAUGAUGCGAUUCGCAUUUCUUCUCAGGCGUCCACAGUUAUUACUUCUCCAACUUGUUUCGAAAAUGUUAACAGCGAACUCCAAAAACCUCUAUUAAUACUAUGCCGGAGUAAUGAUCUCGACGGAUCAGGUCUCGAGUGUUGGCCACACUCGAAGAGACUACCAACUUAUCUCACAGGUUGGUGGUAGGUGCUUUGGGAUAUGGAUGGUAACCAUUCCGAAAACGCAGCCGAUAUCGAUCGUUCUGCAAAUUUUGAUGACUAUCUGCUCAUAACCCUAUUCUAUCAGAAGCACAGUUUAGUCCUUUUUCAGUCUAAAAGGCGCACGUGGUCCCCUCCCUCCGAUGCGAGGUUACAACAACAACAGCAAUAAGAACCCUGGAGGAGAUGACAUACCUGCCGAAAUCUGGCGGUGACAUCGUCCCUUUUGCAUGAGUUGGUCGACUCUAACCAACUGAAUGAAUGAAAAAUCCUCUCUCUGCAUUGAGGGAAGAGAUAGAAUUAAGUAAAAAAAAUCCCGCAACACAAGUGUCUUUUCGUGGUCCUCAGGAGAUUUCAGGGUGCUUUUGAUUCCAGAGCGAAAUCAAAUCAAGCCGACUUCCUAACUAGGCGUGAAUGCGCAUGCUGUAUACUUACCCUUUGACUCCACGAAUUUCGCCGCAGCUUGCAGUGGCGUUCGACUGUCUGUCUUGCUCCUGCCCUCGAUUCCGCUUGCCGAGAGUACCUGGUAGAACUAAAUAACGUACUGGAAGAACUUAUUGUCAUCAAGGUGGUGAGCUCUACAUCCUCACCACAAGCGUCCAUCCCCUCAUGCUGCAAACGGCCCUUUGGGAAUGCAUCCGCACAUCUACCCUACUGAAUGCCUAAGUGACUGGGCUCUUCAGUGACCUCAACGCGACGCUAAUGACGUUGUGUAGGAGCUUUCUCCUCCCGGUGCGAUUAUCCCUCGGCAGGUGCACUCAGGACCUGUUCGUUCUAAUUCGCUGGCUGUCCAAAACCUCGGUUAAGUCGUGUGUUUUCGGGCAGUGGCUAGAUGGGGGCGACUAGCUGAAAGACUAAUUUCCUACACUGGAAGAUUUCAGGGUCUUGCCAAACAUCCGUAAGGUCUUAUUUGUUGGUAGCCAAAGUUAGCCACAUCACUACUCUUCGUGACAGUUUUUUUCCUCCGCCUAAUUAUAGGCCCUCUUCUAUGAAUAUAAUUACACCGUGAAUUAACCUUAUGAAUAUGGAUUAUUUAUAGUAGAUUUAUUAUUGCAAUCCGUCCCUCCCUCACCCGGGUCAAUGAGAUCUGACAUCCAAGCCCGUAUACGUCGCCUCGAUGUGAGUUAAAGUCUGACGGUCUGAAUGUGUCCACUGUCUGCUGGGUACGCCUGUUGGUGCUCCCAUUGGAAGGGUGUGACUAACAAAGACAAGGGGCGCAGGAAUCACUAUUUCUGGCUUGUUAAUUGUCACCAGCCGGCCCUACCCUAACAUCAGGCCGAACACCCGAAGUUUGAACUCAAGUCAGCUGACCAUUGGGCACUUUUAAGUCAAGAGCUAUCCCACUUGAUCAAUGGGCCCAAGUCCUGUUUCCUGCAACCGGGGACAUUCGGCCACAUGGGAGUGGCCUUCACCUAUCUAUUCUGAACGCUAUACUAGAUGUAGAAUGCCCGUUUUGCCUCGUCCAUUAUUCUAUGGAGGUGCACUUGAGUAACCUGCUUUCGGUAUGCCUCAACUUCCAGCACUUAAAUACACGAAAGCUCACUACUAUUUGCCGCUCUUGGUCUUGGCUUGCGUAGGUUAGUGGGCCGUCCCCAACAAACAAGGAUGUGAUCGUGCAUGACCUAUUGACUCCUUGCUCCCCCGGCGACCCCGAUGGCAUUGAGAUGGACUGGACCUCCAUUGCUAGCGACAAACUCAAGGAACCAAUUGUGUCACGGGUGAGUUCGUCUUCAUUAUUUUGCCAUUUCACCUAUAUGCGGGCAAUUUAUGGAUAAAGUUCUGCACUGAAUGAUUAUAGGACUGUUUGGCAAACACCUACUCGGCAAAUGGCUAGUUAUCACUUAGGUAGACAUUGCAAAAUUCACAAAGAAGGCCCGCCGCUGCGUCCGAGUCUAAGUAUUCCCGAAUUCUUCCGAAACCAUGAGAUUGCAGCGUGCUUAUAGAUAAAUUUAAAGCCAAUCCGGAGCCAACUAACCUUACGCCGUCGUCGUAACACUUAUGCAUUUUUCGAAUUAAUAGAGAACUGCAGUGUCCUCAUUAAAUGUUGCGUAACUGUCAACUAAUUCGCUCGUGAGAUACAUUACCAAACCAUCUCUUUGAGUACAGAGAAAACUCCUUAAAAUUGGUAUGUCAGUAGACACGUUAAGGCACUUUCUACUCAGAUUUAAGGUGAAUCCUCAGUUGUCAUUAGACAGAUGGACCCUCCCUGAACUGAGAGACCUGGAUAAAGAAAUGCACCAGCCAGCUUUAAUUCCAUAAUGUUUCUUUGUACAAUAUACUCUGGACCGCGCCUCGUCCAACCGAGCGUAGUGCGAUGCCUUAGUCUCUAGGUCAUGCUCAUUCUCCAGUCAUGACUAUGUUGGAGGCAGAAAAGGAGAAACUCCUUAAUUUUUGGACCCCCAAUUAAACGGGCCACUCUGCGGAACCAUCAAGAUGUUCACUCACAUGAAGGAAGCGGGGUCCGGACAGUAGAUCAACGUCAAUGGUCAGAAAAGCGACUUGAUUGAUUGUUUAGCCAGCAAGACCAGAGAAUUUUGUUUAUCACCUAAAACUGAAGAUGAACCAAAGAUAAUCAAGGGCAUGUUAGGGAAAAACUUUUAUCCGGGAAUGUUAUAACGGAAAGUAUCUAGAAGAUGACAAAAGCUGGGAGGAUGGCUGCUGCAGGGAAGUCUUUUCAAACUGCAGUUUAUGGGCUGUUUCUGACGAAUGGUGAAAAGCCUGUUGAUUGCGACCAUUCCACGCGUCUUCCCUGCGAUGAAAUUCGGAGUACUAUUCACUGCAAGCACAGUUCUACGACUGCGGUAAGACGGGCUGCAAACUCGAUGGCACUUCUGCAUAUCUACUCUUUCACUUGCACCUGUCGCGCAGGCUGUACCAGUCGAGCGGUUUAACACUUUUUCAAAAUGACAGGAAGGUGCAUGUCAAUAUGACUAGGAAAAUGUGAAUCUAGUACGAUCAACAACUCAGUCCUUGCCUACCUAUUGGACACCGGCUAUCGAGCGGGCGCCAAUGAAAGCUUUCAUGCAGUCUACACAGUACCACCAAAUUGCCAGCCUCUGCAGCAGUAUGUGCUAGCCACAGCUAAGACGGUGGAAAUCCGCAUACGCAGCCUAGCACUGUACAUUUAAUCAUUUGUUCCGGACACCAUUUGCCGAGACUUAGAGACCCUUUAGCGAUUGGGUGCUGUGGCAUGUUAAACCUGAACCCUCCAACCCGAACACCUCCCGGACUAUCAGUACCAAGGGAACUACUUCGUCUCCCACCUCUUUGUAACUUCCUCCCGAAUACCUACUUGCUAUAUUUGACGAUAACUGAUCGGGAAUAUGUUCAUCAAAUGCCUUCUAAACUUUAACAGGCCCGCCAUUUAAUCGUCUCACUUUAUUUGCAAAAUCCAUCAUAUGCUUUGAUGGUUAGAAUGCAUUCGCUGCCGGAAUCAAUCUGAAGUUGUGAAACACUAACAGGCGAGGGGUCCUAGUUGACGAGAACGGAGAGCGUUGUUGACUGGUUAUCCCACUAAUCAAAAAUUGGGAAUGCGACCAGCGACCGGCGUAAACAUCGUCAAUUAACUUUUUGGCCAGCCGAUAUUUUCCGCACGUAUGGUAGAUGUUAUAACUCAAGAAAUUUUAACCGAAAUUCUGAUAUGCGUUUUCGAUUCAAAAAGAUUACUUAAGUAGGGUUGUAAUAUUAAUCACCGUGCUGCAUAAUUCAAAACUAAUUUAGUUACUUCAGGGUGCCGGCUUUUGAACGAGCUUCUCCCCAGCCGGCUGCAAAAACUACACUCUGUAAAGAAUGGCCACCUAAGUAGCAUGAAUUUUUCCCACUGAUUCUCAAUGCCCUGAUAAAUUCAAAUAUAUUUCAUAGAGAACAUGCAUAAAAAUAUUCAUCCUCUUACUCAUUUGGUGGAAAAUUACGUCUUCUUCAAAUUUUAUACUUGAAGGAAGGGUGUAAUUCGGUUUAAAAAAAACUUUUCCGAUUCCCGUACAGUUUUGAACCCGACCUGCCGUUGCACUUACAUUCAGCGUUUCCAAACCGCGAGUUGUAUCUUUUCCGUUUACGGGAAAUCAUGCAUUUCUAUACGCUAUUAAGCAGAGACCAUAUGGGGCUCAUAACAUUUGGCAGUGGAUUUGGGUCAUAUUGUUAACUUUACCAGCAACGCUAGUAAAUGCAGACACAAGAUGUUUCAUAAACGGGCAUUUCGCGGUCUUAAAAGAUCUCAUAAUUAGAAACUUUUUAAGACCGAAUUAUACCCUCCCUUCAAUUAUAAAAUUUGAAGAAGACGUAAUUUUCUGCCAAAUGAGUAAAACUGAGUAUUUUAUGCAUGCUCUUUAAGAAAAAUAUAUUCUUUAAGGGCAUCAACAAUCAAUGAGAAAAGUUCAUACUACUUAAGCAAUCCUUUUUUGCAGCGUGUAGUUUUUGCAGGUGGGCCGGAAGAAGUUCAUUCAAAUGCCGGCAUCUUGAAAUAACUGCAUUAUCACGGGAUUAUACUACACGGUAGCUGAUAUUACAACCCCACUUAAGUAGUCUACCCGUGUCGGAAUCACAUUUCGGUAUUUUGGUAAACAUUUCAUGAGUUAGUACAUCUACCAGGAUUGUAACCGGUUUACAUGGCCAUCACUGGGUAGUAUUCUCGACGCUAGCGGCGGCGGCUACGACGACCACUGCUGUCCCCAAUAGGCUGCACUGGCAGCUUAAGUCUGAACGUAUUGUAAGGGAGAUUUGCGCAGCACCUCCUCAAACUUGUCAUGUGACGGUCCGAUCGUCGUUACUGACGCUGUCCACCGUGGGCCCCGCAACAUGACCGGCGAGGCCACGGUGACUCGCGCGUAAAUCAGUUGAUAGUGGUAGUAGACUUCCGCAGCAUCUACCGCACUCUCCCUCGCCCACCUCAACCCGGUGUCAAGAGAGAGUCAAGAACACGGGGGCGGGAUCGGACGCAGUGACUGACAAAGCUAAACAGCUUGCCUGCGCGUGCCCCACGCAUGACCGGGCUCCCCACCCAGCACAUCGGGAUUUUCCACAUAGGGGUGGGCGGUCCGGAUCUCACAUACGUGAGCGUGCCAUAGAGGCCACAUUAAGGGGAGCCAUUCCAGUCUGACUCUCCGUUCUGAGAGGACCCAGUUACCCUGUCAGCCUUCCAAGACGCGCCUUUUAACGCACCAUAAUAGUUAAAAAGUGCGUCAGAUUUUUUAUAGUGAGGGAAAUACUCUGCGUACCAUAGGGCCGGAGUCCCAGAGUCGGCCCCACUCUCGCCCUUCUCCCAGACAUCAGUCUGAGCCAGACAGUCGUCUAAUGCGGCUAACAGAACUAAGCGACCCGUCUGCGCGUGCCACACACGACCUGGCCCUUCGCACAAAACACAUUUUCACACAAGGGGGAUACUUGGCGUGGAUCCCAGUCGUGAGAUUGCCGUAGAGAUUUAUCCCUGGAAGAGGGGUUACCCGUUAGCCCAACUGCCAGCUACCUGCCGCGUCCACAGGCGUCCAGCCAAAAACGCUGGAGGAGACAACGCCGACUAUGCAGUCUGAAUGGCUGUUGGAGACCUGUCUGUAGUCAAAAUCCCAGAGCAACCUCAUGAAAAUGUUCGGCUACAGUUUUAUGAUCCAUGCUACAACGUCCGCGGGGACCGACGCGCUCCGCAACCUUGCUCCAGUGGUGCUGGCGGAUAGUAAGCGAGCUUGACAUUUGCAUUGGAUGUUGGAUUAUGCGAACGUUUCUGAACCCUUGUACCCAAAGUCUCACGCCGCAUAGUGUUUAUCAGCACGACGUAGAUAUCUGCCGCCUGUCUGAGGUCCGAAUCUCCUACUCAGGUGCCCAAAAAAUAGAGAUUUGGCGAGUCAGCCCCCACUUCCACCCUGUGCUACAGCGGCCCAUGUGACUCUUCCAGUAGUCACAAUGUGACGAUCGGCCUCGCAACAAGCGAGCCGUGCACUAGUGGCAUGGGAACCAGUCAAUUACCGAGUGACUUACGUUGGGUUAAGGGGUCACUAUAUGAACAUCGCUGUCGUUUCCGUGUGCGCACCGACAUCAUCUGCCAAACAGCGCGAUAAAGGGGCCUACUAGCGGCUGCUGUAGUUACUUGUGAUCUGCUUAUUGUUGCCGGGGCCUGGAACAGCCGGACUGGACCUGUCUACUCUUCAAAUAAUCACUUUAUUUGUCGUCCUUGACUUAGAUCUCGAUGCAACAAUGGUGAGAUGCUGAAUUUUGCUGAUUAGAACCGACUGUUUGUCACCGACACAGGCUUACAGCAUCGCCACAAACACCUGCUGACCUGUUACUCAAACAACGGUCAUCGGCCAGUCAUAUUGACUGCAUUCUAGUUCGUUCAAGGUUCCGCAGCUGGAUUCACAAUGUCAGAUCGGUGCGUUGUGCCGAAAUGGGCAAAACCCAUGAGACUGACCAUGUUCCCGUUCGCACGUACCUGAAGUUUCACCUCUCAUCUACACCUACAGUGCCGCGUUCACUACGCCUUGAUGUCACCAAACUUCGACCACCCAACACCGCCGAGGCCCUUAGCACAGAUGUCCGGUCCCGUUUUACGACCCGAGCUGAAGGAGAAGACAGUGGUCAGUGGUCAUCAUUAAAGUUAAUAGUCUAUGGUGCAGCUGAUAAAAUCUGUACAUCCUUCCAGGAAUGCAGCAGUGACUAGAUCGGUGGAAGAACCUGUAAUUGUCAGCUCACACCGCUGGGGCCUGUUACCGCAAUAAUGAUUCAACUCCGAAGAAUGACGGCAGAAUCAGCUGGGGAUGACCGAUAGAAACAUUGGGCUAAAACAGCGACUUCCAUGGAGCAGGCCUCAAACGUUGGUGACACUCGAAAACUGUACCAAAUUAUCUGUCAGGUUAGUUACAAACCCUAGGUCAUUAGUGAUGUGAAUUGCGACUUUACUGUUGACAGCUCGGCCAAGUCGAUCUCUGACGUGAUCACUUCGAGCACCUUCUCAACCUCGAUAAGCAACCCAACACGUCCUCACUCUUCUCCGCAGCGGAGUUUUAUCUCAGUCCAGCCUAUGCAGUGUCAUGCGACCCCUCUUCUGAGGAAAAAGUUGUUGAUGCAAUACAAGGGCUGCGCGACAACAAGGCACCCGCAGGGGACGGUCUUCCUGCUAGAAUCUACAAGUCUUGUGUAGACACUGACGCCCUGGCUCCAUGUGGUGAUUACGCAGACGUGUACAGAUGGAGUCGUUCCUAAUGACUGAGGCUUGGACAUCCUGAAGCCUGUCUUCAAGGAAGUAGAUUAGAUAAGGCGCAAGAACUACCGUGACAGUCUCACCGACGUUGCCAGGAGGGUCUUCGUUGUUGCCCUUCUCAUCCGAUUCCAGACUGCGCGUGACUCAUAGAACGAGGCCCAACCAAGCCGAAUUCUGAGCCGGGCGUGGUAGUGCGGACCAACUAUUCACACUGCGGCGCAUUCAGGAAUUCCGUUAUGGCAACCAACAGCCAUCUGCUUUGUUGACUUCGUCGCCGCAUUCUAUUCCGUUCAUCGUGAGUCUAUGUGGCGAAUAAUGGGACCAGAUGGUAUGCCGGCCAAAAUUAUUGCCGUAGUCAAAGCCUAAUAUCGCCCCUCUAGUGCGAGAGUUCUGGUCCGUAACAAUCUGUCCCAACCGGUCGAUAUCCAAUCUGAUGUUCGACAAGGUUGUAUGCUAUCGUCUAUUUUGUUCAACUACGCCAUUACUGAAUCCUCAGAGGGGCUCUGCACGAUUUUGACAGUGUUUAUUAGGCACCCGUUCGCCGGCUGACUGGUUUUGACUACGCUGACGGUAUCGCCUUGUUAGUUCCAAUCUUUGGUGAUCUACAGUCCGUGGUGUCAUGGGUGGAUGAAGUCUCUACGUCGGUCGGUUGAUCCAUAAAGACUGGGAAGACCAAUUUGUUCUCGAGCCGCAUCCCUGACCAAGAGAAGGCACUCCUUGGGAUUAAUGGCCAUCAACUCGAAGAGGUGAACGGCCUCAAAUAUCUCGGGACGAGGCUGUUGCCCAAUGGACCGAGUAAGGACAUUGUCCUCUAAUCGAUACUGCCCGCAGAUUUUUUUCAAAUUCCUAGAAAUCGUCUGUGGACCCGACGCAACAUCUCCAUCACCAAGACUAUUCGCGCGUACCGUGCAUCCGUCUGGUCAGUCCUACUCUACUUUGGUAAUGCUGGGCUUUGCACGUGAAAAAUUAUCGAAAACUGAAAGUAUUUGAUCACCGUUGCGUGGGAGCCAUCCGUCGACUGAAGUGCACCAACUUCAUCUCCAAAGAGACAGUUCGCACUUUCUCCGACAAUAUCGCGAGGAUAUUUAAGACCAUCUGAGAAAGGCAACUGAGUUUUGGGCAGGUUCUCUGUUGCCCGCCUCACGAGCUCAGUUGCAUUCCCCUCAAUCUGGCUUCGUUGCCCACUUGGAGGCGUUGAAGAGGUCAACUCUAGACCUGCCUUGACGCAAUUUUUACAAGACAUGGAAGUGGUUCUUGGACCUUCGGUAUUCGGUCUCUGUCGCUAGAGAAAAAAGGUGGAUCGGGCCGUAUAGAUUUGUUUUCGCAGAUCGUCACCCGUGGAGACGUACAAUAAGUGACACCACCGAGGCCGGCUAGAUCAGGAGUGAUCACAGCCGUACCAAGUACAAGUAAAUACACAGGGGAUAUGUUAAGAAGCCGUUAAGCCUGACCCACAGUCCCCCGGUCGACUGCGAGGUCUAUGGUGUAUCGUUAAUUGGUAAUAUUCCAUCUCACGAUGUUUAAUGCGUAACGGUAGAUUUUAGUGUGCCAACUCCAGUAUAGUGAUGAAAUGCCAUGAAGGAUCGUGAAGAUGGGAUCCCCAGAGUCGACGUCACUUUCUCCUCCCUCAUCUAUGCACCAGUCGAUUGUCCAAGCCGGUCAGUCAAAUGAUGUUAAGAUGGGGCGCAGGAGCUGACAGAGCUAAAACAACCCGUCCUCAUGCGUCACAGAUACAACCUGGCCCCACACAAGACACGAAGGGGUGAACAGCUCGGAUCUCACAUGCUCUAGUGCCGCAUAGACCACGUGGAGAAACCCACCAUUUAACAGUGGCAAGACAGUCGAUGCCGCUGGAGAUGGGUGUGAGCGCAGUAACUGACAAAAUUAAGCCGCCCGUCUGGCCUUGCCACACACGACCUGAUCUCUAACGGCACUCGAAGAAACGGAGUUCCUGAGCCUCACGCAAAUUUGAGCAAGUAUUGAGAAGGGACUAUUGAACCUGACCACGGUUCACCGGAGGAGGUCCGAUUCAUCCAUUCAUUUGGCAACCUUCCAAGUCACGACUUUUGGUCUCUUGUGUUUAUUUUAGUGAAGAAAGUGUGCCAGAGUCGCGUUUCGUCAGUCUUCCUCCUGUGUGCCAGUGGCAAUUCUGAUUUAAGCCACCUGGAAACGAGAGCGGACACAGCAAAUGGCAUGGUACAAUGCCCCUUCUGAGUCUUAGCACUCUUUACGUCCUAAUGCAAAUGCGCAGUCCCUCCAACUCGAGUCUUUUUGACUUUUGCCUGAUAAUGUCUUUUGCGGACCCUUGGCCAUUACUUACUGGUUACAGCAAAGACCUUUGCUCUAAAACCCACCUUGUAUGUCUGACUUAUACGAUGUGAUAGUUACUGCUGGCGUGUAUUUCUGUAUUCUUUGGGAGCCGUCGGACUUUUUACUGCACGCCAGAAAGCACAAAAAGCCACGUACGAAGCUAAGUAGGUUUAGAAUGGACUUUUCAUCAGCCUCUCAUUGGAAAGGUCGGACCGAGUCAACUUCCAUUUCUGGUUUAAUCAUACCAGUCAUUCUUACCCCUAGCCAACAUUGCUACCAGAAACGAACAUGGCAUGUGGACUUCGGAAGUGGUACACAGGUGAGGUCAAGCGUUGAGUCACCAACACCACGGGGACCAGACAACGUGUGCCUCGCGUAGACAGACUGUUCAAUUCUGCCGGCCAUUGCUACCAACCCUACUCUUAGUCGGCUUAAUUCUGAAGUGCCACCGGUGCUCGGGAGGACGCAGAGAGUGUGAAGGAAGUCGACACGAGGGAUCCCAUCCUCUCAGGGAAUCAUGACAUUCCUCAUCACAAUAAAUCUGACGCGUUUGAAUCUAUGACGAUGCGCCUUAAGUCGUGGCCUGCAAGGUUGUCAUUUGACUGGACAAGUCGGUCCUUCACACGACCGAGAGUCAGGCUGCAAUGGUUAACUAGUGUGACCUGUGUGGCAUUCUCGCCUACACGAGAUCUGAAACACCCCUCAUUAAAUGUAGCCUAGCGCAUCUGGAACGAUGACCAGCAGAUCGCGUGCGGCACGCGUCGACGGGCCCUUCAGCUUUGUCAGUCACCGCGUUCGCGCCCGCCACCGGUCGUGUAGAAUUUGUCCUACCGUCGGAACAAGGUGGACAGACGAUGAGUGAAGUAGACGCUGCGCAAGACUACUUCACCAUGAUGACGUUGACGCUCAAGUCAACGCUGGUUGGGCAUUUCGCGUUCACUUUUUGAAUAUUCACUUGCUCCUAGAAGUUACCAGUGUAACAAAUUAAAGUACAGCCGGCUGAAACCACCGCUUUAAUUUUUAAAACUUAAAGCGUUCCUGCGUCUUUGUGAAGAACGUAAUCAUUUGCACAUUGUCCCACCUGAUUUGCGCAGAUCAUGAAUGGACUCGGAAAUUUGCAAAGGCUCUCUUCAUGGGCUUUUCUGACCUCGAUUAGUUCCAUCUGGCAGGCAACGGUUCUGAAACAUGUGGGUGUAGUCUGUCGUAGUUAUUAGCGCGGAAUAAAUCGCUUGGAGAAAAAUAACUGUCGAUUGUCAUCCCAGAAUAUCCUGUUCAUAAUAAACUAACUUAGAAGCAUAUUAUGCAUAAAAGGGCUUUUUGCAGCACGGGUUAGGCGAAAAACCAAAAUGCGCAAAAUGAUCAUCUAGGUUGCCGUCAUCACAUCACUCGCUUUGUAUGUCUGCCGUUGUUUCAUUGCAUCUUGCAUCUUUUGUUUACCGUUAGGAUGACAUGAUCCAUUCACUGGAACGGUCCAAGCCCACCGUUAAUGAGGACGAUCUCAAGAAGUUGCGCAAAUUCACCGAAGACUUCGGACAGGAAGGUUAA